AGAUAUCUUACCAGACCACCUCAUUGAAAAGAGGGUCAUUACACCAUGACUCUCUCAACUGGCUCUCUGCCAACACCACACCUCACCACCCCACCCCACUCACUCACUACCCACACCACAUACAGAAAAAAACACUGCAAAAAUAGAAACUACACACAAACAUAAAAAUCGUAUCUUUUUCUUCCUCUUAGAGAUAGAAAGUGGAGGAAUAAAUGCACAGUGAAAGGUUGUUCUUCAAAGAGAGAGAGGAGAGAGAGUAGGGGAUGAGGAGAGGAAUCUCUUGACUCUUGUUGAAUCACAUCCCAUCAACUGUUAUACGAUUGAAAGAACAAAGGGAGAGGAUAAAGAUGCUGGAAUGGUCUUUGUUGUAAUGUCACACGGAAAAUUUAGUAUGUGAGGAGGGAUUUUGCUGAAAUUACAUCUCCGAAACGAGUUCAAGUUUCAGUCGGAGUGGGAAUCUUUCUGCUAAAAAUGUUUCUUGCUUGAAGCCAACCUUGGAAGCAUUAAGGAGAAGUGGGUCUAGUUAUCUGCAUUCAUAUUCUUCAGGCGGUAAAGUACAGUUUGGUUGUAGUUUGGUGUUCUCGUACGACACAAGUUGGUGAAGCUCUUGAAUUGGUAAUUCCAUCAGCUUGAAAAUGAACCAGGACCACAAGUUCCAGCAGCGGUGGGAGUUCCGAAGGAGAGAUGACGAGUUUGAUUCUUCAAGUGAUGAUGCCAAAUCUAAUUCUAGCGGUGAGCCUGCUUACAAGAGGCAUAAGCUUGUUUCCAAUUUUAUUUUGCCCGAAUUUGAUGAGAAUGGUGACGAACCUGGAUCUCAGCAGAAUGAUCAAUUUGAGCCUAAUACCCAGGGUCAUUUUGAAUUUGGGAAGGCUAACAAAAUGCAGAUUGGGUCGAGUAAGAAAAGAAACUCAACUAAGAAGAAGAGUUCUUCCAAAGAUAAGACCAAGAGGAAGAAUAAGAGAAUAGCCCAUAAGACUACUGUUUCACUAGACGAUUUUAAUAUCUUCAUGAAGUCUAUAUUGGAGGAGCUUAAAGUUGCAAGAGAGAACAUGUUUACAUGUAUGAGAGAGGAAAUGAAAAAAUUGGGGACAAUUGAGACUGCUCCAAGGCCUACAAGGAAAAAGGGCAGUUGUCGUGCACCGAAGGUUGCCCAAGACCAUCAUAAUGGUAUUGAAAUGGGCACGGAAACUCAAAAUCGCCACACUGGAUCUUUAAAGAGAUCUUUGAAAAGCAAUGGGAUUGCUGAUUCUAAUAACCGCUAUGACGUUCAUGAGGAGCUAGCGCAGAAGGUUGUCCAUGAGAAUCACAACGGCAUUGAAAAGGGCAUGGAAACUCAAAUUUGCGAUAGCGAUUCCUUAAAGAGAUCUUUGAAAAGCAAUAGGGCUGCUGAUACGAAUAAUUGCUAUGAAGUUCUUGAUGAGCAAGUUAAUAAUGAACAAGACAUUGGAUCCAAUGCAUCCAAUGAGAAGGACAAAGGAGAAAGGUUGAGAUUUUCUGUUAGAAAACUGAAGUAUUCAUCUAAUCCUCCUGAUCAGGUGGUUUCCUCUGCAUAUUUGACUUUACCCACUGUCCUAUCUAAGGCGCAGGUUGACAACCAUAGGCUUGAUUCUUCUUCAUGCAACUAUAUUCAGCGAGGAGCAACUGGGAAUAAUACAAACGUGAAUUUAGAAGGAGCAAAUUUGAUGAUUGAUUCGAGUAGUCAUCAUGGAUACUUUUCGAGCAUCCAGCAAGAGGAACAGUUUGGAAGUUCUGCUCAACUGGGUUCUCACAGUAUGGGAUGUAUUAACCAACACAGCACUCAAACUUCAAGUAUGGCAACUGCAUUCCCGGUUCCGCUCCAUAAGGAUUUACAUAAUGGUUUUAAAUUUUCAAGCCAAGUCCUGCUGGAGAAUUCAUCUCGAGACAAUAACAUUUUGGGUACGAGGAUGAAUAGAGGAGCAAUAAGAUUCUCUGGGGGAAGCUAUGUUUUAUCAGAGCAUUUCAUUCCGAACAACUUCCACAGCCACACAAAUAAUAAGAACUGAUUGCAGGUUUACGGCAUUUGGAACCCAAGAUCUCAAAGAAAGACAUCUAUAGCUGAAUUGGUGUCAGGGAUGAAUGUUAGUUAGGAAUCAAACCUUUUAACCAAUCCCUUCACCUACAAAGCCCUUUACUGGAACUUUUCAUUGUUCUGUCUUUGUUCCAAUGAAAAAACCCAAAAUUUUGCUUCCCCGAUUGCUUGUGUUUCAAUAUUUACUAGUCGAAAGGUUGGGGGUUUUUCACCCACUAUUGGGUUAAGAGGUAAUGUUAAAGACAAUAUCCAAGUUUUAGCUAGGGUUGGUUGUCUAUUGAGUGUGAUUUGCAUUCACACUUUCUGAAAUGAGUUCCAGUUUAUGCAUGAAUUUUCCAUUCAGAGAGGUGGUACAAGGUGGGUGUGUUCAAUCAAUUAUUUUUGGGUAUCUAUAUAUAUCAAAUUUCAGCUGGCUAUCAGAACCACUUUUCAUGCAAGUAGAUCUUCCGCUGUUAUACAGAGAUGGAUUUGCAGGACUGGUUGAUAUUAACAGUUAGCAGCAAACUUCAGUGUGUCUGUGUUUGUUUUCAUGUUAAAUCCAAUGUUUGUAUGGCUAAUGUUUGCUUCAAAGUUUCAUUGUCUUUUAUGAUCAUUGUUAACUUUUGUUUCUUCUACUAACAAUGUAUCAAUGGGGUGGGGCAUCCAUUUUCUUGCAAAGGAUGUUUUUUUUAACUCAAUGAGGAAAUGAAUAUUUGUAGUUUGAGAUCUCCA